AUGAUGCAACAACAAUCAUCACCACUUACUCUUCUAACAUUAAAAAGAAAAGAAAAUAAACAAAUAACAUUAUUUACUAGUUUAGCACAACUUACAACAUCAUCUCAAGUAUGCCAACAAUAUUUUCAUACUCGUCAAAUUUUACCUAUGAAAAGUCAUGAAGAAUCUUUUGAUAAUUUUCUGUUAUAUACACUUCAUUUGGGUCCAUGUUGGUAUGAAUCAAAAGAUUCAUCUAUACAACGUCUAGCUAAUCGUAUAUCUACUCAUCCAUUACUUGGUAUUCGUCAAUUCAAUGAUCAAACAAAUGCAACAUGGAAAAGUCUUAUUAGUAUUAAUUUACCACAACAUUCUUUCUUAAAAGAUCAUAAAAUUCAAGAUGCAAUUCUUUUUCCAGCAGUUGCUUAUCUUGAACUUGCAACAACUGCUUGUCAUCAAUUACUUUCAUCAAAAGAAGAUGAUCAACAACAACCAACAAUUAUUUUUGAAGACGUUAAUUUUAUUAAAGCACUUAUUCUUAAUGAACAUGAAUUGAUGGAAGUAUUUACACAAAUAAUUAUGCCAAUGCGUGAAUGGUAUAUUAUAUUUUGUAAUCAAGAUAAUCUUAAUAAAUAUUCAUUAAAUAAAUUUACUUUACAUGCUCAAGGUAAAAUUGAAAUAGAUUCUAAACAACAAAAAUCAUUAACAAUACCUAAUAUAUGGACAACACAACAUAUACCAAGUGCUUAUGAACAUCUUCCAGCACGUGCUUAUCCAUAUGCAUCUAGUUUUGAAAAAAUCAAAACAUUACGUGGUACUUCAACUACAAUUAUAUCUCAAUUAUCAAAUCAUAAUAAUAAUUGUUCAUCUUAUUAUUUACUUCAUCCAUACCUAGUUCUGUUACCAAGUAUUGAAACAAUAUUUCUUCCUGUACAUAUUCAAAAACUUAUUUAUUCAAAUAAAAUAAAAACAAAAAUGAAUCAAUCAACAAAUGUUGAAGUACGUGGAAAUUAUCAUGAUAAUAUAUGUGGUACAAGUCAUGAAGAAAUAUAG